ACGCAUGUUCCAACCUCAGUCGCUUACCUCCAAUUCGGAGUGAAGUUUCUUACUUCAAGGCUGCGGUUGGAUCUCUGAGCGCAGGAAAUGGUGUCUUUCAGCGAUGUGGCCAUUGAUUUCUCUGCAGAGGAGUGUGAAUGGCUGGACCCUGAUCAGUGGACUUUGUACAAGGAUGUGAUGUUGGAGAAUUUCAGCAACCUUAUGUUCUUGGGACUUGCUUCAUCUAAGCCUUCCCUGGUCACAUUUCUGGAGCAAAGACGAGACCCUUCAGACAUGAAGAGACUCUCAGCAGCUGCCAUGGAAACAGGAAAAAAACACAAUACAGGCAAAGAAUGUGGUAAAACCUUUCCUUGGAACUCACCUAUUAGCCACCAGAAAAUUCAUUUAAGAAUGAAGCCGUAUUAUAAGUGUGAAGAAUGUGGCAAGGCCUUCCAUAGUCCAGCAUUACUUUGUGUGCACAGGAGAAUUCACACAGGAGAGAAGCCCUUCAAAGGCGGUGUGUGUGGCAAUUCAUUCAGAAGUCCAUCAGUAUUUUCUGGACACAAGAAAAUUCAUAUGGGAGAGAAGCAAAACAAUUAUGAAGUAUUUGACAAGGCCUUCUGUGUUCCAUCACUGCUUUCUGUAAACAAGAGAAUUCGUACAGGAAAGAAUCCCUACCAGUGUGAAGUCUGUGGCAAGGCCUUCUACAAUCCAUCACAAUUUUCUGAACACAAGCAAAUUCAUACAGGAGUGAAAUUCUACAAUUGUGAAGUUUGUGGAAAGGCCUUUAAUCGUCCAUCACGACUUUCUUUACACAUGAAGAUUCAUACAGGAGAGAAACCCUACCAGUGUGAAGUAUGUGGCAAGGCCUUUUCUGUUCCAUCACGACUUUCUAAACACAAAAGGAUUCAUACAGGAGAGAAACCCUAUGCGUGUGAAGUGUGUGGCAAGGCCUUCAUUUGUUCAUCAGUACUGUCUGUACAUAAGAGGGUUCAUACAGGAGAAAAGCUGUACAAGUGUGAAGUAUGUGGCAAGGCCUUCCAUGCUUCAUCACUACUUUCCAAACACAGAUUGAUUCAUACAGGAGAGAAGCCCUACCAGUGUGAAGUGUGUGGCAAGGCCUUCACAUAUCCAUCAUUACUGUGUCUACACAAGAGCUGUCAUACAGAAGAGAAACCCUACAAGUGUGAAGUAUGUGGCAAAGCCUACAAUAGACCUUCAACACUUUCUGUGCACAAGAGGGUUCACACUGGACAGAAACUCUACCUGUGUGAAAUAUGUGGCAAGGCCUUCCAUGUUCCAUCACAAGUUUCUGUACACAAAAGGAUUCAUUCAGGGGAGAAACACUACAAGUGUGAAGUGUGUGGCAAAUCCUACAAUAGUCCAUCAGGACUUUAUAUCCACAAGAGGAGCCAUACAGGAGAGAAACCCUAUAAAUGUGAAACAUGUGGCAAAGGCUACAAUAGUCCAUCAGGACUUUCUGUGCACAAGAAGAUUCAUACCGGACAGAAACCCUGCAAAUGUGAAGUGUGUGCUAAGGCCUUCUAUGUCCCAUCACAACUUUCUGAACACAGGAGAAUUCAUACAGGUGAGAAUCCCUACAAGUGUGAAGUGUGUGGAAAGGCCUUUAAUCGGCCAUCACGACUAUCUCUACACAAGAGGAUUCAUUCAGGAGAGAAACCCUUCAAGUGUGAAGUUUGUGGUAAACCCUACAGUAGUCCCUCAGGACUUUAUUCACACAAGAAGAUUCAUACAGGAGAGAAACCGUAGAAGAGGGACGUUUGUGUCAAGGUUUCAUGCUGGAUCAUUCCUUAAAGUACAUGAGAUAAUUUAUACAGGUGAGAAACCUUACAGGUAUGUGGCAAGGACUUCUAUGUUCCAUCAUGACUUUCUGUACACAAGGGCAUUCAUACAGGAGAGAAACCCUACAAGUGUUAAAUAUAUGGCAAUGUCUUUAAAACUUCAUGGAAUCUUUCUCAUUUAAUAAUCCAUUCUGGAAAGAAACCCUACUGUGAAGAAUAUGAAAAAGCCCUAUGUAAAAAGUCAUACUUAGCACAAAUUAUCUCACACUUGGGAGAAAACCACUAGUGCAAGGAAUGUGGCAAAGACUUUAGACCUUAAACACACGUUCUCAACACCAGGCUUUUCAUAUUGGAGAGAAACAUUAAAAGUGUGGAGAAUGGCAAGGUGUUUUAUAAGCCUUAUGGCCUUAAGCAACAUCAAAGAAUUCAUUUGUGAGAGAAAUUCUGAAGAAUAUGCCAAGAUUUUUUUGUACUUACUAAGAAGUCUUGAAUCACCUGAUCACUCAUACUGGAGAAAAAUGUCAUUAGUGUCAUCAAUUUUGAAAACACUUUUAUGAGCUUUCUAGUACUUCUCAAGACAAGGUAGUUCAAACUUCAGUGAAAUAAUACAAAUGCCAAAAUGUUCAUAAUAUGUUUUCUUAUUUCUUAAAACUCUAAAAGAUAUCAAAAUAUAUUCUAGAUAAAAACCCUUCAAUUAGGCGGGAUAUCCUAAUGCUAAGUGGAAAAUUCGGGAAAAAGAGAUAGAAAGAAGGAGUAGGUAGGGUCUAGGAGAAACCAUGUAAGUUCCAAAAGAGAAAGAUACCAGAAUAUUGCCAUUAAGCCACAGCCUCAUGGUGAUACAUAGAUUAAUAGAAAUGAGCUAAUUUAAGAUGUAAGAACUAUGUAGGAUUGUGAGCCGUUGGCCAAACAUGUUGUAAUUAGUGUAGUUUCUGUGUGAUUAUUCCUGUCUGUGUGUCCGGGAAGUGAAAGCACAGUCUCUGUUUUCAUACCUAACUCAGGAUGAAAUAACUCACACUGGAGAAAAGCCUUACAAAGAUCUAGAAUGGCAAACCUCUCAACUGUACCUGAAACCUUAAGGAACAUCAAAGAAUUCAUUCUGGAGAGAAACCCUACAAGUCUAAAGAAUGUAGCAAAAGACUUUAAUGCUUACAUAUAACAUUCUCAACAGCAGACUGUUCAUACUGGAGAGGAAGAAUAUGACCGUGGAGAAUGACAAGGUCUUUCACGAGUCUUCUGGCAACUGAAAUGGCCCUCUUUGUCCCCCUAAUUAUUGUUUGGCCAUGGCAUUUAUCACCACAAUAGAAAUCAAACAGGGUAAAGAAUAUUGCAAGACUUAAGCUUGGUGGUGGUUGCACACCACCCUUGGGAGGCAGAGGCAGGCGGAUCUCUGUGAGAUCGAGGUCAGCCUGGUCUACAAGAGUUAGUUGCUGGACAGGUCCCAAAGCUGCAGAGAAACCCUGUCUUGAAAAACAAAACAAACAAACAAAAGAAUAUUGCAAGACUUUACCAUUUCUUAUUACCUUAGUUAACAUAGAAGGCUCCGUACCGCAAAUAAUGUCACAAGGUUUUGAAGUUUCUUCAACCAUAAGUCACACUUAAACUUCACUGAAAAUGAUACUGUUGCAAAGAAUAUUACAAAGACUUUAUUGCUUUUUAUCUGCAAUUUAACACCCAAAAAAUCAUAUCUUGGAAGUUACGGCCAACCAAGCCAAAAGGAGCCAAGCUGGAGUCUGCCCGAGGUUCUAUCAAUAAGGAGCAACCAAGCAGUGUUUCCUGAGGACCGAGCAACAGGUGCUGUCAGAGGUCCUGAUUGUGCCUAGCCAAUGAGAGAUGAGCAUGAAAUGUCACGUGUCAAUAAAUCAGAAGGCCUGAUUGCUGGGAGGGCAUAUAAGUUUUUCUUAUUAAACAAAUGAGUCUGCUGUAAACCUACCUGACUCCCGGCGUCUGUGUUUAUUGAUGUCAUGCCUUUUCACCCCCUCCCCUAAGGAAAACCUUAGGGCUCAGCAAUAUCUGGCCCCUGGGACAG